AUGACUGUUGGGUCUGCCUUUUCGCCUUACCUUGAUCUCCCCAGGUCAUCCACAACAUACUGUAUCGUUGUCCGAGGAGCCGCCAAAGAGAUUUGCAGGGACUCCUGCCCGGCUCUCAGCAAGGGACAGUAUAUGGCGUCAUUCUACGCCGCCCCUAGGUAUUCCACACUUGUGAAGAUCAGGAAUCGAGGAGAUAGGGUUAGGGACUUGUCAUCCGACGGGUUAGGGUCAGGGACGGAUUGGAUCAGACCUCCAGAAGCGCCAGAAGCACAGACGCCGAAGCUGUGCCCAAGACGAAGAGCCGUUUGGUUCCAUGGAAAGGGACGAACUCGACCCGAUAGAUCCCACCAGCGGAAGCCGAAAGAAGAGGAGACUGACCCUGACGACCACUACCGACGACUUUCAGAUGACGAUCGUACUCUGCGACUCACUGCGCCGCCCUCGCUCGAGGAGGGGAGUGGUGGUGGUGAUGGUCCGGUUGCUUCUUCUUCCUCCGCACUACCGCUUUUCGAAGCGAUGGUGCCACGAUCCAUCUUGUUGGCAAAGAGUGGCUACUUCCAGGCUCAGUUCUCGUUCGAUCCGGACCUGAGGACGUUCACGUUCGACAACACAAGACUGCCCGUGGUGCCGUCCCUGGGGAGCUUGCUUGAGCAGGACGAGGAAGAAGAGGAGGAGGAUGGUCAUGACGCCGAGGAUGUUACGCUAAGGCCGUUAUUGGAGCUGUAUGCUACGGCCGAUUACUUUAUCGUUCCAAGCGUUUGCGACGCCAUUGAGACUGGCCUGCGAGACGCCGUGCAGGGCCUGAGCUUUCGAAGGACAGCUGGCGGCUGCGUUGCUCCGCCGCAUCCCUCGAUUCGCAAAGAGCCCGCAGCCGUGCCCCUCACAAAGUACAUGCGGACCGCGGAACACAUGGGUUCCCUCCUGCAAGCCGUACGGACGUGUCCGCUCGCCAGCGACCAAGUGAAUCUCGUCCGCUUCGUUCUGUUGUGGAUGCGCACGCAUUCCAUUCCCACCGACGAUGAGUCCUCCCGAGAAGCCAUCGGAGCCGCGCUGCCCAUCGAGCGGAUCCCGCCAUCGGUCCUUGCUACGGAGGUGGAGCCCACGCGUCUGGUUCCCGAUGCGGCAAUGAUACAGGCAUACCGGCUGGCGGCCCUCUCCACGGAGGUCGCGUGGGUGGCGGGCGGGUGCAACUACGCCGCGCGCUGCGAGAUUAACGAUGGAACUAUCCUCGGCGAUGCCUUCACCGGUGGCUACUAUGGCCCGCACGACGAGGUCAUCACCAGCACAACUCGUUUGAUAGGCGUCACACUCUGUCACCUCAUCCCUCUCGAUGAGCCGGGCAUUUGGGGCUGGAAGAUCACCGUGUCCGGCAAGACUCGGACCACCAAAGUCUUCAAUGAAGGCGAGAUUCUCGUCGGCGUCGCGGCCGCCAAACCUCCUUUGUUCCCCGCAGCAACAGCAGGCGGCGCCGACGAUGUUGGUGCUGGUGUUGGUCCUACUUAUCGCCGUCGCCGGUAUCCACGGCUGCCAGACGUGAUCCAGUACUGGGCGCUCUCGAGCUCAGGAUUCCUGCGGAACCUGCAGACCUCCAGUCUUCCCACGGAAGCGCCUUACAACAUCGAGUGGGGACUGCGGGACAGCGAAUACGUGCGCGUCGAAUUCGAUGCCACCACCCGCGCCCUUCGCUUCUUCGCUGAACCUUAUCGCCGCCCAGACUAUCACGAGUGCAUCCUCACCCCCCCUCCCGCUUUCUCGAACGUGACUUCACCCGACCCUGCCGCCCGUCUCUACGCCAUGGUCAGAUGCUCCAAGGGCUUCCGCGUCCACGCCACACACCGAAACGCUACCCGCGCUCUCCGGCCCAGAAACGCCUGA